CCUGUGUUCGUGCGCAUGCGUCGUAGUAACUGUAGCGGAAGCGGCACUCACAGCUGUCUGACACUGAAUGAGAACGCACUGAUUUCUGCUCCAAAAAUGAUGAAAUUUCUCCCUAAACUGCUGCUGCUAGCGCUGCUAGCCUUCCCGGCGACCCUCCUCGUCAAAGGGCCGAUGGCGAGCGCCCAGGAUCUGACGGAGGACGAGGAGGCCGAGGCGGUGGAAGACGACGUUGUGGAUGACGCGACCGCCGACGGCGAGGCGGAAGACGAAGACGACGAGGCGGAAGUGGAAGACGACGAGAACGUGGAACUGACGGAAGAAAAAGAAGAUGAAGAGGAAGAAGCGUUGGUUGGAGAGGUGAAAGCUUCCCCCAACGCUGACACCACCAUCUUGUUCGUCAAAGGCGACGACUUCCCUGCCAACAACAUCGUCAAGUUCCUGCUCGGCUUCACCAACAAGGGAUCGGAGAACUUCGUCGUGGAGUCUCUGGAUGCUUCUUUCCGUUACCCACAGGAUUACCAGUUCUACAUCCAGAACUUCACCGCUCUCCAGCUCGGCAUCGAGGUUCCCGGCGGCAGACAGGCCACCUUCGAGUACUCCUUCAUCCCUGCAGAGCCAAUGGGAGGGCGGCCGUUUGGACUCGUCAUCAACCUCAACUACAAGGACAGCAAUGGAAACGUUUUCCAGGAUGCCGUCUUCAACCAGACGGUCACCAUCACCGAGAGAGAGGACGGAUUAGACGGAGAGACGAUCUUCCUGUACGUCUUCCUGUCGGGCCUCGGGCUGCUGGUCAUCGUAGGCCUUCACCAGCUGAUGGAGUCCAGAAAGAGGAGGCGUCCCGCUCCAAAGGUGGAAAUGGGAACUUCGAGCCACAAUGACGUUGACCUGAGCUGGAUCCCUCAGGAAACACUCAACCAGAUCAUGCAGAGUCGCAGAGACAAGGCGUCUCCCAAAAGAUCUCCUCGCAAGAGGAACCAGAAACGCUCGGCCGGCUCGGACGAGUGACGGGCGCCAGCAACACCACGGCGGCAAAAACUUCAUCCGAUCGUCUACGUGGGAGGAGGAAGAAGAGGAGGAGGAGGAGG